AUGUUGUGGGCACACAUGCAGACUGAAUGAGCACAAGCAUUCGUCAUACCCUCGAAUCUCUAAGCAUAUUUCCGUUAAAAAAUUUUAUUAUUCGUUGAGAAUGCCCAACAUGUUUGUUUCGACCGCUGUCGAGGAAAAAAGAAACGAAAACGUGUUUAAAUGAUAUUGCAAUUGUGUAGGAACCCAACACUUAUAUCUAUAUGUCAAUGCGCUUAUCGUAAUAAACGAUAAGGAUUAUACCGCAUUUACGCGUAAAUCUUUCUUCCAAAAUUCAUGCAAAAUGUUGUGAAACAGCGCAAAAAAGCUUUUUUAUUGAAAUAAAAGAGUCUAUAAUGGCUUCAGAAGCAAAAAAAAAUAUUUUUGCAUGUUACUAUUCUGUUGUCUAUGAAAAAUACGUUUAUUCUAUAGGAAUGAAUAUGUGCUUUUCAUAACCCGGGUGCAGCCAUAGUUGUGAUUGAUUUCAAUCGCUAUGAGACGCCAAGAAAAGUUUUUUAACUUGACAACCACAAUGGUAUCCGUGAUCAGAAAGUUAAUGAUAUAAAAAUAAAAGUAAACCUAACUUGCGGUAUGUUUAAAAAUAUACUGGGCUGUAAAUAUUCAAUAUCAAAUAUCUCUAUAUUCGAUUUGGUUCAGAAAACGCGACUUCAGCCUUCGUGAAUAUUCAGAUCUUUUUUAUAUUUCUGUUUCCGAGGACUUUUAUUAGAACAUUGAAGAAGGUUGCAGGUGUACGUUUGUCCAAACUAUCAAAUUAUGGUUUGCUAGAGGAAAAAAAUUGCCUCUGAAAUAUUUGAUCAUUGGUACAUGGAAAUGAUUUGAAGUAAUGUAAAUCGUGAUAGAUGUAUGAGUUCAAGUCUCUGGCAAUGAACUUCCAGAAUACAAUCGAGUCAGUGUUCUUGGAGACGAAGAAAAAAUAGGCAAAAAUUUCGCAAUCAGAACUAAACGGCGGAGGGGAUUUCGAAAUAUUCUCCCUUCAUUUUUCAUUCGUGUAUUGAGUUUUUUGAGGUAGCGCAAUAAUUCCUCGAACUAGGGAGGGAACACUCCUUGAAUUCAGCUGAAUGUCUGCAGCGAUGAAGGAAAAGAUUUAUUCAGCUAAAGUUCAAAAUGUGAAAUUAUAUAUUUUCCAGAACAAAGCAUUGAAUCUACUCCGCAUGAGGCAAGCAAGCGAAGUUGCUAAAAAAUUUAAAAAACUAUCUUCUACUAUCGAUGACAGAACUAGCUAUCACUGUGUUAGCUGCAAAAUGAACAAUGCUCGUAAUCGUAAAAGAAAAAAGGUUGCUUCGUCGGGGUUUUCUCGCGCCCUUGUGCCUAUCGAAAUGCGAAAGUGUAUGAUGCGUCACGAGUGGUCAAAUUUAGUGGAGCUAUUACCACUUUUAUUGAGAGGAAGAUCAGAAACGGAACCCUUAGUUUGGAGAUAUUUAGCUGCUGCUUUAUUUUAUAGUUCUAAAGCUAGUUUGGCAACGCUUAAUGAUUUUCUUGAAAUGGGUGUGGGUAGUAAGAGUGCUGAAUUUUUAAAAAAUAUUUUGACCCUUCCAUCUCGGAUUCCAGAAACUGAAGAAACUGAAGAAAUUGAAGAAAUUGACUCCUCAUAACUUGACCCUCUAAAAUUCAAUAAGUUGUAAAGGUAAAACAUGGUUCCGAUUGUGAGUUGAUAAAAAUCAUAAAAAAAAUCGAAUAAAGUUUGCAUACUUGUAUUUUAA